AUGGCAGACCAGGUACUUGCUUUAGAGCUUGUUACCGCGGACGGCAGGUUUGUGCAUGCAGAUCCAAUGGAGAAUGCGGACCUGUUCUUCGCGAUUAGGGGUGGCGGGCCUGGAAACUUCGGCAUCGUUACAUCUGCGAUUGUAAAAGCGUAUCCGCCUACGACAGUCGCACGAAGCGACUUCACGUUCCAGACCGGCCCCGUGUCCAACAUCGACAAGACCACCGUUCGCGUAUCCAAUGAAACCUUUUGGAAAGGUAUGAAGGUCUAUUUCUCGCAUAAUCUACGCAUCAAUGAUGCCAAAGGUAUCAUGUCAAAUUACAUCACGACAACCGCUCGCACCUUCACUCUUUCCAACCAAAUUACCAAGCCGGGCGUCACCGUCGAAGAAAUGAGAGAGCUCAUGGCGCCGCUCAUCAAAGAUCUCAACAAUAUUGGAAUUCCACUAGUUAACCCCGAGCCGCAAUUCUGGAGCACAUAUGCAAAGUUCGGUACCCUGCCCGGCGGCCCAAGCGGUGGUACUAGUAACAGCCGUCUUGUGAGCCGGCUUGUUCCCCGAUCCAACUUUGCAGACCCAGCCUCCCAGACUUUCAAUACCACCAUGGCAGCGAUCCGCUCAUUCGUGGAAGAAGGCGGCUACAGCUUCCACUCCGUCGACUACGCACCGACAUACGAAACAGCCGCCUAUCCCGGCUCCGACUCUGCUGUCUCGCCGCAUCUCCGCAACGCAGUCAUGCACAUGACCGGCUUCGAUAGUCGGCAGUACGAUGCUACCCUCUCUGACGAGCUCUGGAAUUCAUCGCAUGCACGCCUCAACUCGUAUAUACAGAAGCUGAGAGAUGCGACGCCACUUAGUGGUGCGUAUAUGAAUGAGGCGGAUGUUGCGGAGCCGAACUUUCAGUAUAGCAUGUAUGGUGAUAACUACGAUAGGCUUCUGAAGAUCAAGAAGGGAAGAGAUCCUUGGGGGUUGUUCUAUGCGGUUACGGGUGUGGGUAGCGAGAGUUGGUUCGUUGAAGGGACGGGAGGACUCCCUACUCAGCAGGGACGACUAUGUAGGGUUGAUGCAUAG